AUGUUACGCAGGAUACUGUCGCUGGCUUGUUUGCUCGGGGUAGUCGUCUCCUCUACGUCCAAGUCCAGCUCAUGGAUUCACGAGGUCAAGAGCCUCUUUCGGGACUGUCCCCUGAGGGGUGGCAAAAUGAGCAGCUUGACAGCCGCCCUGACCAAUUGCGCUCGUAGCCGGACGCUCCUGGUGAUCGACCAGAUCCUCGACGACGACGUCGUGCCCAUCGUCGAGGGCCUGAAACUCGUGAAAUUCGCCAACAACAAUUCCGACUCGGAGCAACCGGAUGAAUCGACGCCCAGUAUCAGAGAACUGCUGAAACGUGCGCACGACAAAGGCUGGAGGGAAGAGGCGGACGCCGCGGCUUCCUGGCGCGAGCACCUCACGGGCAGCUUCAUCCGAGCGCUCAGGACCCACGCCAUCAAGGUCGACCUCGAGCAGUUGGACUAUCCGCAGAGUACGGAAAUGCGCUCGAUGGACGAUGGCCAAAACGAAGCUAGAGGUAACCGUCGCCGGAGACGUCGCCAGAUGCAGAUCAUGCCGAUCAUCCUGAUGUCGGUGCUGCUGAUGAGCACCGUCCUCAUACCCAUGGGCUUUCAGUUUCUCGCCGUGCUCGGCGGCAAGGCCCUCGUGCUGGCCAAGAUGGCCCUGAUGCUGUCGUCGAUCCAGGGCCUCAAGAAGGUCGCGACCAACGGCGUCAAUUACGGCCUGCACUACUCGCCGGGCGUCGAGCCCUGGCACGAGCGCAACUUCGACCUGCCGACCACCUACCAGGCCGACUACUCCUCCUAUCCGCUCUUGUCCGACGGGCCCCAUCAGCUCAUCACCAGGCGCACGGGUAUCCAUUACCACUGA